GUUGCCGGAAGGGGUUGCGCGGACUGGCCGUGCAGGUCCGCGGCCGCUUCCGCCGCGCGCGGUGGAGGCGGAGCGGUAACGGUCGGGGGUCACGGCGCCGUGGUGUGGCUUGUUGAAUUGAACAGCAGUUACAAUGGGAGAUGCUGUGAAACCUUCCUUUGCCAAACGAAAUAAGGAACGAGGAAUCUCAAAUGAAGAUGAGUUAAGGAGAAACCCUGUACAACAGGACUUCCAAGUCAUGGAUGAUUAUGGAAAUAACCAUGGCAACAAAACCGAAAUGGGCUUUCAGAAGAAAAAGGGACCACCUCUUCAUUAUGGAAACAGUCCCCGAAAAGGAGCACACAGUGUUUUGAGUAGCCCAAAUUCAUUUAAAAGUUUGGGGCAUAGUCAAGGGGCAAAGUUAAAUGAUGCUCAAAAAGACCAGAUUAAGAAGUGGAUAUCUGAUGACCAUCGUGGUACUUCAGAGAACUGGAGAGAGUACAAAUCUACAGUCCGGAUUCCCAUGCUCAAUAGGACAAGAAAAGACUCUUUUCAGGAGGUUGAAGGUACAGGAAGCAGGAGUGUAAGAAGACAACAGCAGAAAGACUUGACAGGUGAAGAAAUAUCAGACGUACAAAAGGGAAAUUCUGAAAUGAAGAAACAUAGGAAACCAAGGAGAUCAAGAAGAACUACUAGAAAAGAAGACUAUGAGCAAGAUGAAGAUAUGGAAGGUCCUGUCAUAGAUGAAUCUGUGCUGUCAGUAAAAGAACGACUAGGGUUGCAGCAGGCUGAAGAACGAUUAAAACGAGACUGCAUUUACAGGCUAAAGAAGCGACCUCGAAACUAUCCAGCAGCCAAGUAUACCUGCAAAUUGUGUGAUGCUUUGAUUGAGUCUGUGGCAUUUGCUCAUAAGCACAUUAAAGAGAAAAGGCACAAGAAAAACAUGGAGGAAAAACAAGAAGAGCAGCUGCUGACUACCCUACCUCCACCAACACCUUCCCAGAUACAAGCAAUUGGUGUUGCCAUUGGAAAUGUUGUGCAAGAAUUUGGCUUAAAUAAUGAAGAUCUGGAGCAAAGGUCCAAAAUUAAUAUAAUGAUGGAAACCUUACUACAUCAAAAAUUGCCAGAAUGCUCAUUAAGGCUGUAUGGUUCUUCAGGUAGCAGAUUUGGUUUCAAAAAUUCUGACAUAAACAUUGAUAUCCAGUUUCCAGCCAGUAUGGCUCAACCAGAUGUUCUCUUAGUUGUACAGGAAAGUCUGAAAAACAGUGAAUCUUUUAUUGAUGUUGAUGCAGAUUUCCAUGCUAGAGUACCAGUGGUGGUGUGCAAAGAAAAGCAAAGUGGCCUUGUCUGUAAAAUAAGUGCAGGGAAUGAAAAUGCCCAUCUUACAACAAACCACUUGGCAACGCUUGGAAAACUAGAACCUACACUUGUACCACUAGUUAUUGCCUUCAGGUACUGGGCAAAGCUGUGUUGUGUUGAUCGUCCUGAAGAAGGAGGCUUGCCACCUUAUGUAUUUGCUUUAAUGGUGAUUUUCUUUCUACAGCAGAGGAAAGAACCACUUCUCCCUGUUUAUUUUGGAUCAUGGAUAGGAGGAUUCUCACUAAACAAGUUAAUGAUCUUUAACCUUAAAAAGGUUGAGAAUUAUAUUGUGGUCUGGGAACAGAAUCCUGUGGAUGAUUCUGCCUCUCCAAAAGAAGCUUCUCCUAAAAAGGGCAAGGUUCCCUUGGUUUUUGAUUUGGGACAUCAGUGUUCAGCACCAAUUGGGCAGCUCUGGGUAGAACUGUUUCGUUUCUAUGCUUUGGAGUUUAACUUGGCUGAUUUGGUUAUUAGUAUACGACUCAAAGAAGCAGUGUCUCGUGAAUCAAAGGACUGGCCUAAAAAGCGUAUUGCUGUAGAAGACCCUUACUCAGUAAAAAGGAACGUGGCAAGAACUCUGAACAGUCAGCUAGUUUAUGAAUAUAUCCUUCAUUGCUUAAGGGCAACUUACAAAUAUUUUGCCUUGCCUCACAAAAAGUCUUCAUCAUCCAGCAAGAAAACCCCUCUUAAUGCCAAUACAGAAAUAUCACGAAAGUUAAAACCUGAAAAGAAUGCCAUAAUGCAUGACACUGCUAAUGUGCAAAACUUAAGUGAUAAAACAGAGAAAGUGUUGGCAGGUGACUAUAUUAAUAACACAAAUGUAUGUUCAGACAUCCCUCAGGCUCAUACGAUCGAUCCCUCAAAGCUGUUUGAUGGCUCCGAAAGCCUUACAGAAGAAGAAUUGGCAGAAGAUAUAGGACAUUUGGAAAUUACCCAGGAAGAUUCAGAUUGUGUAAUUGAAGAGAUUAUUUCUGGUGAUAAUGAGGACUUUAAACCAAGCUGUGAAGAGACAGAAAGUGGAAAUGAAGAGGAGGAUGAGGAAGAGGAAGAACACGAACAAGAGAGAAAAUGGCCAAACAGUUUGGUAGCUGUUAAUCAGGAUUUGGAUGAAGACAGUGAAAAUGGAGAUCUCCCUAUUACAGCAAAUGAGCGUGAUAUUGAAACAUGCAAUAUUUCAGACGUGGAAGGCUUUCAAAACACGGCAGUUACAGAGAGUGAUGAAUAUGGCUUAAAGUGCAGUGGGAUACUGGAUGAGAAGGCUGAUAUUGAUGAGGAGAGCACAGAAGGUACUGAUGAGCUAGAUGAAUCUCUGAACAAAUUUGCACCUUCAGUACAGGACCAGAUAUCUGAAAUCAAUAAUUCAGAUGAUGAGGAUGAAGAGGAAGAACAAAGUCUUGUCUUAAACCAGACAAAAUGCGGUGAUAUUUUGACUGUGGAAGGUGAGCUGGACAACACGUACGCUGGAUCUGGAGAUGAAGAAGCAUUAUCUGAGGAAGAGGAAGAAUUGUCCAUCCCUGUUAAAUAUGAAGACAAACAGUUGGAAGAAAAUGUAGAAGAAUCCCUCUUGGUAGAUUUGAGUAAAGAGGAUAUUACUGAAAAAGGAAGUACUUAUGAAGGAAGCACAACAGUAGAACAACUUAUCGAAUCUGAGUUCUUUUAUGAAUUUAAUAGACUUAUUUUUACAAAGGGCAAGUCUCCUACAGUGGUAUGUAGCUUAUGUAAACGGGAAGGUCAUCUAAAGAGAGAUUGUCCAGAAGACUUCAAAAAAAUUGAACUUGACCCUUUGCCAGCAUUGACGCCCAAGUUUUCAAAUAUUUUAGAUCAAGUUUGCAUCCAGUGUUACCAGGAUUUUGCUCCAAAUAUUAUAGAGGAUCAGGCUCGUGAACACAUACGUCAAAACCUGGAAAGCUUCAUCCGAAAAGAGUUUUCAGGAACAAGGCUGAACUUGUUUGGCUCCUCAAAAAAUGGUUUUGGCUUCAAGCAAAGUGACCUAGAUAUCUGUAUGACAAUUGAUGGACGGGAAACUGCUGAGGGGCUUGAUUGCAUAAGAAUUAUUGAAGAAUUAGCAAAAGUACUCAAGAAACAGUCAGGUCUAAGAAAUGUCUUGCCCAUAACAACUGCUAAAGUCCCAAUUGUCAAAUUUAUCCAUGCCAGAAGUGGUCUUGAAGUAGACAUCAGUUUAUAUAACACGCUAGCCCUGCAUAACACAAGACUCUUGUCAUCUUACGCAGCCAUUGAUCCUAGAGUGAAAUAUCUGUGUUAUACAAUGAAAGUCUUUACAAAGAUGUGUGACAUCGGAGAUGCAUCUAGAGGUAGCCUUUCUUCCUAUGCAUAUACUCUUAUGGUGCUUUAUUUUCUUCAGCAAAGAAAUCCACCAGUUAUUCCUGUUCUUCAAGAGAUCUACAGUGAACCAAAGAAGCCUGAAAUUUUAGUUGAUGGUUGGAAUGUAUAUUUCUUUGACAGAAUAGAAGAAUUGCCAGCUGUUUGGCCAGACUAUCAUAAAAAUACUGAAUCUGUUGGACAGCUAUGGCUGGGACUUCUCCGUUUCUACACAGAAGAAUUUGAUUUCAAAGAACAUGUUAUCUGCAUUAGGAGAAAAAGUCUACUUACAACCUUCAAGAAGCAGUGGACCUCCAAAUACAUUGUCAUUGAAGAUCCCUUCGAUUUGAACCACAAUCUUGGAGCCGGAUUAUCAAGAAAAAUGACAAAUUUUAUAAUGAAGGCCUUUAUCAAUGGCAGAAGGGUAUUUGGUACCCCAAUCAAAGGAUUUCCUAAAGAAUAUCCAUCAAAGAUGGAAUACUUCUUUGACCCAGAGGUACUGACAGAAGGAGAACUGGCCCCAAAUGAUAGGUGCUGCAGAAUUUGUGGUAAAAUUGGGCAUUUCAUGAAAGACUGCCCCAUGCGAAGAAAAGUGAGACGGCUACAUGAUCACGAAGAUAUCAGAAACCAAAGGUACCCAGAAAAUAAAGAGAAAAGAAGUAAAGAGGACAAAGAACUACAAAAUAAAACCACAGAAAAAGACACCUCAGUCAAAGAGGGAAAGAUGCAAUUAGGUGCAUCUCAGAAAAACAAACUAGGGAAGGGAACAGUGGAAAUGGGAAAAGAUAAGAACCCCAGGCAGUCAGCAGAGAAAUGGAAACGGCAGGAGGACAGAGACUUAAGAGAAAAACGUUGCUUCAUCUGUGGAAAAGAAGGACACAUUAAAAAAGAAUGCCCACACUAUAAAGGACCCGCAGGUUGUUCAAAGUCAGAAGUUUUGUGUGGAUCCCCUUCUUCACCUGGUGCUGUUAAACAUGCUGGUAGACUAAAUCAGGGAAUGCUUUUACAUGAAGAAAAAAAGAAACAAAAAGGAAAAGUGUUUUUGAGUCCCCAGUCAGGCAGUCUUUCCAAUAAAUAUAUGACUCAGGGAAAAGCCUCACAGAAGAGGACCCAACAAGAAUCAUGAGGGACCGAAGCUCAUAACAUGCAAUACAGACCGUCCAUGCACUCAAAUUAGGUUUAUUUUGGCUAAACCAUCUGGAUUCACAGGACAGCAGCACAAAGCUAUCUUCAACUUCAGUUAAAAAAAACUUCAAUAUUUUAUUUUAGAUUGCUAAAAGGCAAAGCAGCUAUGGAUUUUAAUGCAGUCCUCCAACCACGGACUCCUGAUCUUAAAAGAUUAUUUGAGUAUUUUAAUAGAAAGCCAUGGUGUUUAUAUUCGUUUACUAGGUAAAACUGGUAGAUAAGGGCAGGUACUCAAAAUGGACCAUUUUCAAGGUUUUAUCAUUCAACCUGGCCCUAAAUGCACUAAAAUUGUGUGCAAGCCAAAUAUAAUGUUAUAUUUUUCUUCAAAAAAUAAUUUUUUUUGAAGGAGGAAAUGAUAUUUAUUAAUGUUGAUUGUUUACUGAAUCCUUGUGUAAAAGUGUUUGAAAUGUUUGUGGACUACUGCUGUGUUUGCAAACAUUUUUUUUUUCCUGUGGAGAACUGAAAACAUGGACAUUUAGUAAACUUUUAUGUAAAACCUCUGUGGACAAGCAGUGCCAUUGAGUUUGGGUUUUUCCCCUCCUCUGUGAUUUUAAGAGAGUUAAUUUGCUGCUGUGCUUGUGUACAGAAAAAGACUGAGAAGCAGGUUAGUCCUGUUUAAUGCUGCUAAGAAUUUUCUCAUGGCCUUCAAAACGCAACAGACAAAAUUGCUUUAAGGGAAAAAAUAAGUUAUAUUCAACAAUUUAGGGUAAAUGCAUUUCUUUUUACAAAAAAAUAAAAAAGAAGAGGAUCCGUCUGCCAGUCAAGGAUGUAAUUAGUGUCGUCAUCUCAAGUUUUUUCUCAAAGUCCUUCUGGAGUUGGUACUGUACCAUCAAACCCUGUUCAGGAAAAUAACCAAUCCAUGGUAAAAAAUGAAACCACUGUUAUUUAUGACUUUGAAAUAAAAAACCAAAAGUUCAAACUUUAGAUUAUCUACCUCUCUUCUUACACUGUACUUACAAUUCCCUGUAUUUUUGCUACAAGUACAAAAUUGAAUAGGAGCAUAGGAGAAUGUAAUUCUGCUAUGGCUGUUUGUUUAAAUAAUGUUAUAUUUAAGAUAAAUAGUUUUUCAGUUAAUCUUAAGAUUUUUCAAGGGACCUAAGAGAUUUGAGCACCCAACUUCUAUGGCGUUUCAAACUCCCUUACGCCCUUUUGAAAAUUCUAGCUGUAAUAUACUCUGAAAUUCAUUACUUCACAUGCUUUUUUAUCUCUCUACCAUGCAUCAAGUUAAACCUUACCCAGAGACUAACAGAAAAUAAAUGCAGAGAAAUCAUCUGACUUGGAUGGUAUGGUAUUUAUCGAGGUCACUUCAGCAUUGUAUCUUAAGGUACAUUUUACUUACUGUAAAACUAAAUGUAAAAAUCAUUCAGUUCUUCUCUCAGAAGCAGACUACUUAUGACUCUGAACGUGCUGUUUACUGACAGCAGUGUAUAAAAGGUGGUCUUGCUUUGUAUAUAUGCUUCUUUAAUUCUGCCUUUUAAAGGUUUUUUUGGUAUGUGGAUAGCAGUAAAGGAGAAAAACUUAUGGGGAGGGAGCAGAAUCACAUCUGAAGUAGCACAUCUCCCCAUAUAUCAAGGAUAUUCAGAAAAUUUAAUUCUGCUUGCUGUUAGUUUACCCUCUUCUUCCUAGCACCUUUUGCCAAGAAGCAUUCAAGUGUGAAGCCUUCCUCAUGACAACUGCCAUCAUGUGAAGGCUUUUUCUAUGGAUCCACCUUUUGCUUUUCUAAAGUUAUUUCCCAAGCCAACUCAUUUUUGCUCUUCUCCUUCCUGAUAAAUCAAUAAAUACAGAAUACUCCCAUAACCAUCAAACUAAAACCCUAAACCUGGGUGGUGUAUCACAAGUACUGUAUGUAUGCCAUAAGGCUGGGACUGAGUUAAUACACUGAUGUGAUUGGCUGUAGUGGAGGAAUAUGGUGACUUAAAUUGGAUGUACGUCUGUUGGAUUAAUGUAUUAUUAUAGUUUUAUUUAUUGUUAGAGAUUUAAGGAAAGGAGUAAAGUGUACAUCUUUUAAUUUUUUUAAGGUAUAACUUUAAAGCUACUGCUGAAAAUUAAAGUAGAAGAAUUGUGAGUUA